AUGCAACGAAAUCUAUGUCCUGAUUUGAGUGAUACGUUGUUGGAUCGCAUGGUUCUUAAUGAAGCGAAUCUCACGAAUGCGAUUCUUUCCAAAACAGUCCUCACGCGGAGUGAUCUUGGAGGCGCCGUCAUUAAAGGUGCUGACUUUAGUGAUGUUGUGUUAGACCUCCCACAAAAGCUGGAUGGCUUGCCAAGAUUGCUAGUUAUUAAUGACAUGUUUGGCAUUGUUGAGGGUCUCAUGACCACUGUCCAUUCCAUCACUGAACUUGCUAAUUCAUUCUUAUCUUGCUGCAAUGCUAACAACAAUCCACCCAGAAGACUGUUGAGGGACCAUCAAGCAAGGACUAAAGAGGUGGAAGAGCUGCUUCAUUUAACAUCAUUCCCAGCAGCUGUCGGUAAAGUGCUUCCAGCUUUGAAUGGAAAAUUGACCGGUAUGUCAUUCUGUGUCCCAACUGUGGAUGUCUCUGUUGUUGACCUUACAGUGAGGCUCGAGAAGCCUGCCACCUAA